AUGAGGCGGCGACAGCAGGAUGGUGGUGCUUUGAAUCAGGUGAAGAUGUGCAGCACAGUGAUGGCCGCAGUAGCGAUUAAUAACAGUCCGUUGGUGUCAGGUUUGUUUUGUAAUAGUUCGUUUUUCCUCUCACUAGGAAUUCCUCCCGAUCAGCAACGGCUGAUCUUUGCUGGCAAGCAGCUGGAAGAUGGACGCACCCUGUCCGACUACAACAUUCAGAAGGAGUCCACUCUUCAUCUUGUGCUAAGACUCCGCGGUGGUGCUAAGAAAAGGAAGAAGAAGUCUUACACCACUCCCAAGAAGAACAAGCAUAAGAGAAAGAAGGUUAAGCUGGCCGUCUUAAAAUACUAUAAGGUGGAUGAAAAUGGCAAAAUUAGCCGCCUUCGGCGCGAGUGCCCCUCAGAUGAGUGUGGUGCUGGGGUUUUCAUGGCCAGCCACUUUGACAGACAUUACUGCGGCAAGUGCUGUCUGACCUACUGCUUCAACAAACCAGAAGACAAGUAACUGUACUGGUUAAUAAAAGCCAUGAUCAUUUA